AUGAGCGAUAGUAAUGAGAAUAGCGCAACUAAUUUUGAAAUCCAGACUGCUCAACAAAGUGAAAAUGACAACAGCAAUGAGGUGAUGAUAUCACUUGAUGAGGGUACGGUAGGUACUGUCAGUAAUGUUGGAUCGAUAGAAAGUGUCGAUUUAGGCCAAUCGACAGCAGCAGUCGCUUUGAGUAUGGAGGAAAACCAUUCAGAUGACGAACUAACUGGAUUUACUGAUCCUAUCCAAGUAGAUCAGCAGCCAGUAAUAGAUCCUAUCAAGGAAGUAAAUGACACACAAGAUAAAUCAAUCCAGCAAGUUUCAAUCAAUAUGGAUAAUAGGCAAGAGACAUCAGCAAUAGCCCAAGAUGAUCAACCAAUACUGAUCGAUGACAACCAAGAUGUACAUAAUCAAUCUCAUAUAUCCGAUCUUAUAGAUAGUAGUAGUGAAAGAGCUGAGAGCGAUCAUGAAAUAGCAGAUUUAGAUGAUGGUGAAUUCGUGCAGGAAAGCUUAGACAUGAGUCGUGAUGAUAUCAGUAGUGUCAAUGAGGAAAAGUUUGAUGAUCAAGAGAUCGAUAUCACUUCACAAACGCAAUCCACUGUAGAUCAAACCGAUUUAACAUCGCCAAAUACGCCACUCCAGGAAAGUGAAGAACAAAGUUACAUUCGAUCGGAAGACCAGAAUUAUAAUAUAACUAUUCCAUCUCAAGACGACCAAAAUGACACUAGUUUAACCCAGCCUUCAAAUGAUUUCCAAUUGGAUCAAUCGACGGAACAAGUUGAUACUAAUCAGCAAGAUAGAGCUGUAAGUAGGAUUACACCCGACGAUAAUAUCCAAUCGGAUAUACCGAAAUCUCCUCAAAGCCAACAAGAAGAUAACCAACUACACAGUCAAGACUUUACUUUCCAUAGUACAACUGAAAGCAAAGAGACUCCUUCGGUUGUUCGCGUUCCAUCGCAACAAAAUACGAUCCGUUUCGAUAACGUUGUAUCAGAUCCAUUAACGGAGUUUGCACGAGCUGCCGAACAGAGUCAAAGUCAAGAUAACAAUCUAAAUGCUACCGAUCAAGCCAUGAGCCCGAAAAUAAACCAGAUCGAGAAUCCAUUUGUUGGUCAAAUAACUGAUAACUACGACCUUGGAAGUGAUGUCUCCGGUAUUGAAUUCUUUGAUAAUUUACCAGUCCAAAAGGGUAGUCAACCUUCAACAAAUCAAAUCGCUUCAACUCAAGAACAAGAAGAGAUUACAUUAAGCAAGUUAUUGCAGACAUUAACGGAACAGCAAGCAUCAAUGUGGAUAUCUUCUUCCACUACUAGGCAGUUAUUGUCUGGGCUUAUAGAAAUUGAUACAAAACAUUUAUCAAUUGCUGGAUUAGCUGUCGAUUAUAAAAAUAGUGAUCCAGUAAAGGAAGUGAUAUUAAAAUGCUUUGGUGAAGGUGAAGCAAGUAAACGACAAGUAUUAACGGUCGAUUCAGUUACUCAGGAUGAGGAAGGGCUCAAACAGUUGCUCCUAUCGAAUUGUUUCCAUGCCGCGUUAGAACUUUCCGGCAGAUUAUUAACUAGAUUCGGACAAGGUUAUCAAAACGAUCAACAUGUUGGUCACUCCUUAGAGUCUUUGCAAAUUUGGAUGUGUAGAAUUGCUUUACUUAUAAAACUAAAUAUGUUUGGCACUGCGGAAGCGGAGAUGAUUGCUUUCGGUGAUUUAGAUAAUCCAGACUUAUAUUUCGAAUAUUAUCCUGAAAAAUAUCCUAACCUAACCGGUUGUAUAGUCCCAUUUGCCAUGCGUAUUAUUCAUGCAGAGUUGCCCCAGUUUACAGGCAAAUUAAAUGAAUCACUAGAUCGAUUAUAUCGAUUGCAUUAUGCCUGCUUAGAGGCACUAAACAAUAUUAAAGCAGGUCUAUCUGCUGAAGGUUCUGUCUUAGUAAGCGAAUCAGCAGCAGAAUUGUGUGAUCGCGGUAUGAAACUAUGGCAAAGUAGGGACUUGCGGGUUCUGUUUGGAAUUGGGAAUUGUUUACUUGCGUUAAAGGAAUUUUCUCUUGCAGUUAAAGUAUUUGAGUCCAUAUGUAAACUAGUUCCUGAAUCUGAAUUAAAAAUUCUAUCCGGAAUUGGCCGAAUAUAUCUACAACUUGGAGAUGUCGAUAUGGCUAGAAGAUAUUUCAAAAAAGUAGAAAGCAAAGCGACUGGAGAUGCUCGCGAUGUAUGCAUGACUGUAAUGAAUCGGGGCUUCUUGUCAAUUGGCUUAUCAGAUUACAAAGACGCCUAUAAACACUUUAUUGCUGCUAGAAAAUUAGAACCUAAUAAUAAGAUGGCACUUAAUAAUUUAGCGGUUUGCCUUGUUUAUUGUGGAAAAUUAAAACAGGCAGUAGUUAUGCUCGAAGAACUUGUAUGGAAGGAUCCACCCGAUAAUUUGGACGAAGGGUUAUUGUUCAAUUUAUGUAUAUGUUAUGAAUUAGAAUCAUCUCUGAGUUUGCAAAAGAAAUUAAAACUAUUAGAAUUAGUUGGUCGCCACAAAGGUGACGCUUUCAACUUGCAGUGCUUAAAGAUUGCGUAA